GUUUCUAUUUUAGCUCAGCGCUCUCAGACGGCGGUCAUGGCUCGCUGCAGGAGUUACUUACGAGGACUCGCCAUCUGUGUCACCGUUCUGCUACUGGUGUCUGGUGUGGUGAUGAUCGGUGUCGGGUUUUCCCCCAUCGACGGCAACACACCGGUCGCCCAGUUGUUUGACCAGUUGUCCACCAGCGACGGCUUACUGGUCCUGCAGGUGUUCGGUCCCAUCACAGUGAUUUUAUCUGUUCUGGGCAUCUGCGCUGCAUCUUUGGACACUAAACCUCUGCUGCUAGUGUUUUCUGCUCUGAUAUUCGUGGAGUUUGUGGCUCUGAUGGUGGUCGCCUCGCCGCUGGUUCAGGUUCAAGCUCAGAUGGACGGUGCAGUGGACGAGGUGUUUCAGAACGUGACUCCCCUCCACAGAGCGGACAGUUACAUCCAGAACGAACUUAACAAACUUCAGACCUCCGACUUUUGUUGUGGUUUGAGGAGUUUUGAGGACUGGGGAAAUCAAAUUCCCGUCACCUGUUUGUGCAGAUCUCCGGACCCUGACCUGCAGCCCAGCGCUCGGCCUGGUAACUCCAGCUCAGAGGGGCCCUGCGUGAUGGUGACCGCUGACCUUUACCCUCCCACCCAAAAAGUCACGGAUAAACAAUGGGUUCACUCCGAGCCGUGCGGCCCCAUCCUGAAGAGCUACCUGAGCUUCCCCAUCAAACUCAGGAUAGGAAUCAUUUCUGCCUUCGCCACCAUUGCGAUGGCGGCCAUUGCUCUGUGUCUGACGUUGGGUCUGGAGGAAUACUGGAAGACGCCUCCGGUAGAAACUACGGUCGAUGACUUCAACAGAGUGAAAUAUCAACCCAAACCCUCCCUCACCUGACCUCUGACCUCUGACCUCUGAGCCACGACCAUUUCACCCGCAGGCGACCAUCGCAAGACUUCAAUCAAACUCUCGUUUGCUCUUUCAGGAUCUGAAAUCUUUCUAAAAAAAUAUUUAUAUUUGACAGAGAGUUCGUCUUAAAAAAACUAAAAAUUCGUUUUUCAG